AUGCCACCAAACACAGACACGGACACGGACACGGACACGGACAACGCUACAGAUAAAUACACCCCACUCCUCACCACCGCCCUCACCACCCCGCGCUCAACCACCCGCCCAGACCAACCCUCCCCACCUCAAACAACCCUCCUGCACACCCUCGAAUCCACCCUCCAAUCCCAACCGGAGGAAGGAAAAGAAUCAGCCCUCAGCCAACAAACCACCGCCUUCCUCGCCGCCUAUCCGCAUGGCUACCCGCGCGCCCAAUGGCAGAACCUCAUCUCCUUCCUCGCGUUCGCGACCAAGGCGCGCCUCGUCGCGCUGGAAGAUACAGCCGUGCGGAUGCUGCAUGCGGCGCUGGAGCGGCAUGCCGACGAGGAGGAAGGUGACGGUGAGGGCUUGCGGGUGCUGAUUUCGUGUGCGGCGGUGUGGGCGCUGGUUAUGGGGGAGGAGUUGUGGGAGCGGCGUGGGGUGGGGGAUGAGUAUGAGCUGGAUGGACAAGGGGUGGGAGAGGAAAGGAUCUCGAGGGAGACCUGGCGGCUGUGGAUUGAUCGGUUCCAGUUUGUGAGUUUGCGCGAGGAUCUCGAUAUCUCGACGAGGGAGUUGGCGGCUGGGGCGGCCGCCGUGAUGCUGCGGGUGGGAUGA